AUGACCAGUGACAACAAUCAUCACAACAACGAUAGCAGUGGAACGUAUUUGCCAUUAAAACCCACCAUGAAGAAAAAUCUUUCCACACAUCGAGUGCUAUCACUGGGGGCUGGAUUGAUUGUGUUUGGGAUGACAGGAUUCUACAGUAUUCCUGGAAUGAUUGCAGAUGGAGCGGAGGGAUCCAAGCUGGUUAAUUCGUUUUAUUGUUCCGUAAUGUCCUUGACAACUGUUGGAUUUGGUGAUAUUUGUCCGGGAGAGACGGAUGUAGUAGGAAGGAUAUUCUUGACCAUGUUACCACUGUUUGGAUUGGGCUUUUUCUGUGGUCCAAUCAUGGACUUGGCAUCCUCAUGGCAAAAUAUGGUCCCAGGAGGGGCCUUUUCGGUAGGAACCUUGACGUUAAUGAUGGGUGUUUCCAUGCUGACGACGAUAGAAGAAUUGUCUUACUCGGAAGCGGUCCAUCUAUGUGUCAUAACAGGGACAACGAUUGGUUAUGGUGAUUUGACUCCUCGGACAGACGCUGGUCGAUUUUUCCUGGCAUUGUAUGCCAUUGCAAACUGCAACGUAAUGGGUGGAUUUUUGGGUCUGGGGCGAGCAUUUUUAGAAUCCUAUUGUGCCGUGAAGGACCCUUCACUGAGUGUGCCUUCUGGUGUGCCCAAGAAAAAGACAAGGCCACCGACUACCCCUGAGAAAAUCGCGGCGUUUGGCAAAGAGAAGGCAUCAUAG